GCAACGUUGGGCCGACGUUGACCACGUGGUUAAGACGCGCGUCGACACAAGGAACACAAAGACAAAGGUUCCCCCCGUGUAGCCUUCACAGACUGCAGGGGCAAGUGCUGUUGGCGAGUAGCACCUAUGAAGGCCGGCACGGCGCAAGAGAGGGGGUGGCUGGCCAGCAAACCACGCCCGGCCGCCUUUGUCUCCCCAGUAGCGAUGUUGACUGCACACCGCACCAGGGGGGCUAAUUUGAGGCUGAGUCGACCUAGGGGAGGCACGCACACGCACACAUUCCAACCUCGCCUGUUCAAACGAGCUCGCAGCAAAUGCAGUCCGCCCACUUCCCCGUGAGGGGGGGAGGAGCGCGGGCACGAACAGGUGAUGGGCCGGUGCACCUAGCCUGGCACCCGGAAGCCAGAGAGCGCUUGGGCGUCUCCCGCUCGCUCUCAACCUUCCGUUAGGGGCGACGCCUCCUCGCCCAACGCGACUCCGUCUCUCACCUGUCUCUCUAUCACCUCUCUCUAUCACCUGUCUCUCAUCUCACCUGUGUCUCCCUCUCACUCACCUCCCUCUCUCAUCUCACCUGUUUCUCACCUCGACUCCGUCGCUCACCCAUCUCUCACCUGUCUCACCUCCCUCUCUCAUUUUACCUGUGUCUCCCUCUCACCUGCCUCUCACCUCACCUCCCUCUCUCUCUCACCUCCCUCUCACCUCACCUGCCUCUCCCUCUCACCUGUCUCUCACCUCACCCAUCUCUCCCCCUCACCUCACUCGCCUCUCCCUCUCACCUGUCUCCCCCUCGUCUCUCACCUCACCUCUCUCACACCCAUCUCUCACCAGUCUCUCCCUCUCACUCACCUCCCUUUCUCUCUCCCACUCACCUGUGUCUCCCUCUCACCUGUCUCUCUCCCUCUCACUCACCUCCCUUUCUCUCUCCCUCUCACCUGUGUCUCCCUCUCACCUGUCUCUCUCCCUCUCACCUCCCUUUCUCUCUCCCUCUCACCUGUCUCUCUCACCUCACCCGUCUCCUCACCUGCAAGCCGCACCUCGUCUCGUCUAACCGCGAUGGCGCGACAGUGGUUUCACCAGGAGCUGGAUGGGCCCAAGGCGGGGGAGCUCCUCAUGACCUUCGGGGACGAGGGCAGCUUCUUGGUGCGACGCAGCUCCACCAAUUAUGAUGACUACGUCCUCUGUGUCAGGCAGGGGGACCAGGUGCAUCACAUCAAGAUCCAGCACACGGGCGACGUCUUCGACCUGUUCGGUGGCGAGAAGUUUGCGGUGCUCGACGAACUCGUGCAGUUCUACACCGAGAACCAGGGCCUCCUGGUCCUCAAGGAGGGGGGCGACCCGAUUUUGCUCAAUAAGCCACUGCCGUGCCGGGAGCCGACGUCCAACCGCUGGUUCCACGGCAUGCUGCGCGCCACGGAGGCCGAGAAACUGCUGCUGGCGCCCCGCGUCUCCGCCGGCUCCUUCCUGGCGCGCGAGAGCAUGAGCAAACCCGGGCAGCUCGCGCUCACCGUGCGAUCCCAGGACGGCGUCGAUGGCAAAGGAGGGCUGCCCGUGAUCAUCCACGUCCAAGUGCAAAUAAAGGAGGAGCGCUACAGCAUCGGGGACGGAAAGGACUUCGAUUCUCUUGAGCAGCUGGUGGAUUUCUACCGCAGCCACCCCAUCACGGCGCACACCAAAAGCCACCCCGACCAUGAGUUCAUCCUCAGAAAGCCCCUCUGCACGUCAAGCCUGCUGGCCGCUGAGCUCCCCGCUCGCGUGCAGGAGCUCGAGCGGAGCAGGCACGGGGGCUCGCAAUAUCACCGUAGGAGGCCCUAUGGAUCUGUGGGAAGGCGGUCGUCCUCCUACACCAACGGCUUCGGCCUGGAGUAUGAGACCUUGCAGCUCAAUGAACAUGUGGAGUUGACCAGAAACGCAGGGAAAGACCCAUGCAACAAGGGAAAGAACCGCUUCAAGAACAUCCUGCCAUUCGACAAUACACGCGUGGUGCUGAAAGGAGACCAAGACUACAUCAACGCAAAUUACAUCGUGGUGAAGACGGGUGACACGGUACCCCAGUGCCGUUACAUCGCCACGCAGGGCUGCCUGCAGACCACCGUGGCCGACCUGUGGAGUAUGGUCCUCCAGGAGCGUUCCCACAUCAUCGUCAUGGCAACACAGGAGGUGGAGAGAGGCAAGAACAAGUGCUUCCGCUACUGGCCGGAGGUGGGCUCCCACCGCCAGUUUGGCCGCGUGAUCGUGAGGUGCGACGAGGAGCGGUUGAGCAGCGACUUCACCGUGCGGGUGCUGCAUGUCACCGUGGUCGGCCACCCCGGCCAGGGCCACGAGGUUUACCAGUUCCAGUUCAAGGCCUGGCCAGAUCACGGCAUCCCUGAGGACCCCCGGCUGGUGCUGCGAUUCCUGGACGAGGUCAACAAGGUUCAGAGUGCCGUGCCGGAUUGCGGCCCCAUGAUCGUGCACUGCAGUGCGGGCAUCGGAAGAACGGGGACCCUCAUCGUCAUCGACGCCCUCAAGGAGCAGAUCAAGCAGCAGGGGCUGGAUUGUGAACUGGACAUCCCUAAGACGAUCCAGGACAUGCGGAGUCAGAGGUCGGGGAUGGUGCAGACUGAGGCGCAGUAUGCGUUCGUGUACAAGUGCCUGGAGGUGUUCGUGCAGGACAUGGUGAAUCAGAAGCUGGAGGGAGGCGGCACUGAGCAAAUGGAGGAGAAAAAGCUGAAAUCCAUUCCCAUCUAUGAGAACAUAAAGCCUGACAAGUUCAGCAUAACCUUGUGCUGACAGGAGCACGUGAUACCGGCUCACCCCUCAUCGAGUGACCCCUCACCUACUGACCCCUCCGACUUAUUCCUCUAACUUUUGACCCCUCACCUACUGACCCCUCCGACUUAUUCCUCUAACUUUUGACCCCUCACCUACUGACCCCUCCAACUUAUUUCUCUAACUUUUGACCCCUCACCUACUGAACCAGUCACCAGUUGACCCCACGGACUGACCUUUCACCCCCCCCCCCCCGACAAGACUUGUCCCAUGAGUGAUGACAAUUUCAGUCUUGGAACAUUGUGCCAAGUCUGUCGCUCGGUCUCUCGCUGUCUCACGUCGGGUUUGCCUCCGGGCGAGAUGGGAAGCCGAGAGAUCGCUUGAGCCGUAAGAUGGGCGAUUUUAAUUUUUGUAUAUUACUUUUUUACUCUAACGCUUCCCGAAUGAGGUAAUCAUUUGUGCGUUAGCUCUGUUUGUCCGAAAUGUACGGAGCCCCACGAUAACUUUCGUGAAGGAAAUCAGAUAUGAACACAACUUUAGUGUAAGUUGUAUUGUUAUUAGGGACUUGCGCUGGAGAAAACCAGGUGGAAUUGACCUAAGGAGUUGCCCAAAAACUUGGGAUACGCAAAAUGUACUGCCCAGUCAACAUGUAACGUCUGGGCCAACGUUGGAAUGUUUACCUGAUAUUUACAAACAUGCAAACGCGAUUGGCCCUGACAGCUACUGUUCGGCAAAUCGGUGGAUGUUGGUAGGAUGGGGAUGGGUGAAAUAAUGAAUUGCCCCUCACGGGAAUGGCCAUCAAAGUGGAUUUUGAUUCGCAACUUCCCAGUAAAAAUGUAACGUUAGGCCACUGUUGGACCCACCGUUCCAACCAAAUGUCAACGUUGGCUCAACGUUGACAUGCUUACUGGGUCGCUUUCCAAGGUGGGUUUCAGAUCUCCUUUCAACACUGCAAAAUGCCGUGUUGCAAGACUGUGAUUUGAUUUCAGUGUGGAAUUUGACUCGAGUGUGAAUUAUUCAUGACAAGGGUAGGGAAUUUCCUCGCCAUACAGCCAAUGGGAAAUGGAGCAGCCCCUGAUUGAAUUCGUUGAUUACGUUAAACGUAAUUCACGUGUGUUUAUGAAGUGGUCACCCGGCGUGGCAGUUGAUAGGAUGGGGUAAGUUCAUUAAAUCCACCUCCCAUCGCCUCAGUCCACCCAGAAGUGUGAACGGGUUCAAAUGCAAUCGAUUGGCUGAUCGCAUGUAGCAGGGUAAAGCGUUGGGUGCUGCUACCUCUUUAGAUACGUCUGGCCAGCGUGGAAGAGUAGGCCAAAAUUCCCUCUGGAGGGGCUACCGAGAGCUUCUGCCAGCAGUGGCCUGAACGAGCAAUUGCAGGGCUGCUUCUUUUCCUUUUUUUUAUUUUUUUAAAGUUCACAAACAGUAAAUUAACAUGCACGUUAAGUGAUGGUAAUAAUGAAAUACGCUUGUGAAAGUAAAAAUGUUAAUAUAUCAGAUAAUCACAACAUAUUUCUAAUAAUUAUUACAGUGUUAGAUAUUGUUAAUACCAUGUAAUAUUUUUCGUAAUUUUUAUAAUAAAAAGUGCAAUUAAAUAUCAAAUAUGUAUAAUGUUAUAGCCAAAUUCAAAUAAAUAUAUUAUUGAAAUAAAUGCAGUAUAACUGUUUUGAAACUAAAGUAUAAUAAACUAUUUUCAUCUUACCAGGUAAGGCUCACUGAGCUAGAUAGCUCUCUUUCAGAAGCGACUUGGCCACAAAUGAAAGCUCAACUAAGUGGCUUACCCUUUGGGAGAAGGCAGUAGAGCAAGUUGACUAAUCUGCAUCUGUUUCCAUCUGUACAGGGAUUGAGUUGCCCUCUCUUCCACGCGUGGGUUUUUUCUGGGUGCUCGAGUUUCCUUCCACGUGCAUAAUAAACAAAACUCACCAUUAAUUGGCUGAACACAUCUUAAAAUAAAUGCCCAAUGGAGCAAGACGCUCUUGAAAAAGAGUAGUUGGUAAUCAGUCUGGCGUUCCUGGUUAAAAUAAGUUAUUUGUUUUUUAUAUGAUUGAACGAAUGCGUCGGUUUCCGUGGAUGUGCUGCUGUGUUGCCGGGUUGUGCCGGGUGUGCCUUCAGCGUGACGUUCGAUAUUUUGCUGAUUCCUGCAGAAGCAAAACGUCGGACAUCGAACUGAGAAAGUUCAGUAUAACCUGGAGAGCUUCGUUUAAUUAGUUGCGGGCUUUAUAAAAGCCAGCGUGGUCUUCAUUUCAAAGGCAAAAAUGUACCCAAGGUACAAUUUUGUCCAUGUUAACUGCCGAUGUAGCUGGAUUGCUAGUGUUAUAUGCAUUUUAUUCGUACAAAUACAAAUUGCCUACAUUUUGCUUGGACCUUCAAGCGUUCCAGUUUUGCUCAUAAACCAAAUCAGUUGUGGCGCAUUUGCCCAUGUGACGUAACAAUUUGAUUUGAGUGGCUCUAUUGAUAGAUGGUGGAGGGUUGUACUGUAGUUAAAAACUGACAUAGCGUCACGAUCGAACCCAAAAGAAACCAAUUACGAAUGGAUUUCUCGUGCGCCCAUGCAGAGCUAAACUGCUUUGUGACCUCGUGUAGCGAAACCUCACGAGACCACCACAGCUCACGUGCAUUGUUUUGCGUAGCCCCCCCGAGAGACGCGCACAGAAUAUCUCUGAUCCAGAUGCGUGCCCGACAUAUCGAGGAGCAAGGUGCAUUGUUGUACUCGACGUAUACGCUCCCACGCUUCACCAACCCGCAACGUACUGGUGAUGUGAAGUAUGUGGUCAAAUAACCACCGCGUGGCUUGUAGGGGCGACCUGAAAUCUAGGUUGCAGUGAAUUGACAAAUGAUCCUGUACAAUCAUGCAUUUUUUUUUAAAUCAUGCCAUAAGCACUUACAUUUGAAGGGAUAUUAGUGAAAUAAUCUUAUAAGAGCAAAAUAUGAGAAACCAACAUUGUUAACGAAAGGAAAGUCUACAUUAAGGCAGGAGGCAAUGUAUUAGACCAUUUGCAUAAACCCUCGUUAAUUGGCUGCAAACAUCGCAAUGCAUGCGCCGCCUCUGUGUGUCGCGGCUCGCGAAGCAGUGAUACAGUCGCGUAAAUGAACGCUGCUAUAUAUAGAUACAAAGGUAAUCGUAUUAACUCGAUAAUAUUUUGCAUUCCCGUCAUUACCCAAGUGAUGAAUUGAGUUUCUUGCAGAAAACCUCUUGAGAGAGGGAGGAGCCAAAUGUUUUGCAUUGCUCCCAGCCGCGCUUGUUGUGUCUGCUGACAAUGUUGUUGUUGUUGCUUGAUGUUUUUGUUGAUGUUCACGCUUAUCGCCACUUCGUGUGAAUCUUGUGGUAAUGGUGUUGAUUCCCCGCUAAGGUGAGUCGUGGGAAGUAGUCCUGCACUGUGUGAUUUUUUUUUAAAUAAAACACAUGUCUGCG